UAUCCGAAUUACCCCAGUCCCCAAUUGAUUCGGAUAAACGACACUCUACUGUAUUUCAUAUGUAAUUAAUUCUUUCAGAAUAUCGAAGGCUGGACAUUGCGAUUUUGUAAGGUUUGUUAUGGACAAUGGCAUCUGUUAUUUAGAGGUAACUAUAACAGAUGUUCUGUUUGAAGGGUCUGGAGAUUAUAAAAUUUCCAUUGAGUAGAGGUGUCUGCUAUUUGGGAGUGUCUGUUAAUGGAGGUUUCACUGUAUCAUAAUUAGUGACCCCAAGUGUCACACAUCUUAUUUCUCUGUCAUUAAUUCCAUUUGUGUCAUUUAGUGAUUUUAUUAGACUAAUAUUCAUGUUUAAGAGGUUGACUUAUCUCAGUCUUGUUAUUCUAUUAUGGUAACAUUGUACUUGGAUUAAAAUCUCACAAAUGCUACAAAAGUUCAAGAAAUUUCAGUUCAUUUAACCUUUCAACAGUGGAUUAGUCAGGUAUGGUUCUACCCUCAGUAGUGGAGAAUAAAUGUGGGAAAUUUUUAAAGUAUUUUUUCGUGCGUUUUUUUCUCAUUACCAUUUCAGAAAAAGAUUUUGUAAACAGUUAUAUCUAGUAAAGGAAAGUCAUAACUCCUAGACAUAACUCCUUUACUAUUUUUAUUAUUUUUUUUAUUGUUACAUAAUUCAUUUUUUUAGGUGAAUUUUUUUUCACUGUAGUUUUUGGCGAUACCCCCAAAAAGAAUUUAAUGGAUAUAUCUAUCCUUCACUGCUGAGUGGUUAAUAUAACACUCAAUUGUUAUAAUCACUACUGUUACUUUUAUAAAUUUGAAACAUUGUUUUCUUUAGGAAGAAUUAAAUAAAAAAGAAUCUUGUUUGAAACAAAUUUCACCAUCUAAAUCUGGUGAGGCAAAAGUUAUACAUGUAAGUCCAAGCAAAAGUCAAAAUGUAGACAACGCGAACGAAAUUGGAAAGAGUCCGGGUAUGGAUUCUGAAGCUGACAGACAGAUGUCAAGUUCUGCUGAGAUAGAAAGUGAUGUAAAUGGUUCCCAAAAUUUCCCACAAAGUACAACAGAAUCGAUGGACAGUCAUAAGAAAGUAAAGCGAAAAUGCAAAAAGAGAUUUAAAAAUAAAGUGGCUCCGGAUUUGGAAAUGACUAAACCUAGGGAUUUGCCACCUUUGCAGCAUACUGUAAGUCCUCACAAUGGAUGGAUUGAGAAUAAUGAAAUUAAUUCUCCCAUUAUAAAAACCAAUGCAGAAUCAAUAAAUUGGGCAUUAGCAGAAGAACUGUUACCAUGUGGAGAUUCAAUGGAACUCAAAAACCAGAAUCCAGAGAACGUCGACUGGAUUCAGUCAGAUAUUUCUCCUCCUGCUAGUCCCUGCAAAAGGUGACGAGCAUUGUCGUCGUCUUCAUGUGUCUAGUCAACGUUACAAUUACUAUUAUUUAUUUAAAAUGCACUUAUUUAUGAAUAUAUAUUGUACAGAAUCGACAGUUUUUAAAUGAAGUAUUUUGUAAAACAAAACUGCUUUUUAUAUAAAGA